AUGGGGCGGUCCUCAGUGCUUCUCUGCAAACAGAGCACACCCCGGCAGUGGCUCCUGCUCACAACUUUCCUUGGGACCUGCUGCCACCUCUCCUGCACUGACUAUAUCACCGUCCGAACUGUCCCACCCCAAGUGGCCAGUGGAGAAAGCGUUCUUCUCUCUGUCCACAAUCUGCCAGAGGAUAUUCUAGCCUUCGCCUGGUUCAAAGGUGUGAAAAGCAUGAAGCAUGGGAUUGCAAUAUAUGGGCUGCACAAGAAUUUAAGUGCGACAGGGCCUGCACACAGUGGAAGAGAGACCAUAUAUCGCAAUGGGUCCCUGCUCCUCGAGCGUGUCACCGAGAAGGACUCAGGAUUCUACACCCUACGAUCCUUAGAUAAACAGGGAGAGAUUGUGUCAACAACAACCAUGCAGCUUCAUGUGUACCCUUUCCUUUGGAACUGUGGGCGUCUUGACACGUCUUCCAAGCCCACUAUUGAAUCAGUGCCUCCCAGCGUUGCCGAAGGGGAAAGUGUCCUUUUCCGCAUUCACAAUCCCCCGGAGAACAUCGAAGCCUUUAUCUGGUUCAAGCAGAUAGGCGCAUUCAAGAAAAUUGAGAUUGCCCAGUACAUCAUAGACAGGAAAUCAACUGUGUGGGGGCCUGCGUACAGCGGCAGAGAGACGGUGUACCAGGAUGGAUCCCUGCUGAUUCACGGGGUCACUCAGAAAGACCCUGGGCUGUACAUGCUACAGAUUGUGAGGACAGAUAUGAUUCGUGAGGAGGCGCAAGUGCAACUCCAGCUGGACACCUCCCUUUCUCCCUGCUGCAUGGCUCUCAUUUCUUCCAAAGUCACGAUCAAUGUGGUGCCUCAGUAUGCUACCGAAGGGGGAGAUGUCCGCUUCCAAGUUCAUAAUCUUCCAAGAGAUGUGAAAGCCCUUUCCUGGGAGGAGGACCUGCGCCGGGUAGUCUCAGCCUCAGGAUGUCAGCUGCAGCCCUGA